AAUUAGCAGUGCCAGAAUCAAUCGAGUUUUCUAGCCUAUUUGUGCCAGCUUCUACUGGUGGUACGUCAUUAUAUGCGCGCACAGUUUAUACUGCAUAUGCUUGGGGGCCCCGCGGUGCCAUCGCGCUCACAUUCAACAGGAGGCAAGUGGUGGAUGCGGAUGGAAACUUGUACUUCUUAUUUGCCAUCUUCACCGAAGUAGAGGCAUGCACUCAAAGCUAAAAUUAUAAAUGGGAUGCGUUCAGGCGACUGCGGUGGAGUCGGAGCUGACAGGUCUUUUUAUUCAAAGUUGAGAUAAUCUUUCCUGGCGUAUUGCGGAGAGGUGCGUUGCGCGCGGUCGUGCAGCUAUCUACUCUUCUCUAAAUAUCUACUCUUUUCUAAAGAUUUCAAGGACACAGCCUGAAAAAACUACUUAUUCCACAGUAGGAAGUGACAAUUGAAGUCACAAUGGCAGCCGUGGCACUCAAUGGAUCGAACAUAACAACGGGGAACUUUACGAAUCAGUUUGUUCAGCCGCCUUGGCAAGUUGCCCUGUGGUCGGUCGCCUACAGCUCCGUUUUGGCGGUGGCUGUGUUCGGAAACCUCAUUGUCAUAUGGAUAAUUCUCGCCCACAAACGAAUGCGGACAGUCACCAACUAUUUCCUUUUGAACUUGGCAUUUUCGGACGCAUCCAUGGCCGCCUUCAACACAUUAAUUAAUUUCAUAUAUGCUGCCCACGGAGACUGGUACUUCGGAGAGGCUUAUUGCAGGUUUCACAACUUUUUCCCCGUCACCUCCGUGUUCGCAAGCAUCUAUUCGAUGACUGCAAUUGCCGUUGAUAGGUACAUGGCCAUCAUCCACCCUCUGAAGCCACGGUUGUCGGCCACAGCCACCAAGGUGGUGAUCAUGUGUAUCUGGGCGCUGGCUGUGGUGCUGGCCUUCCCCCUCUGCUUCUACUCCACCAUCCGCAUCCUGCCCCGCCGGACCAUCUGCUAUGUGGCCUGGCCCCGCAAGGAGGACGACCCCUUCAUGUUUCAUAUCAUUGUGAUGCUACUGGUUUACCUACUGCCCCUAAUGGUAAUGGGCAUCACCUACACCAUCGUCGGGGUGACGCUGUGGGGGGGAGAGAUCCCGGGGGAUUCAUCUGACAACUACCACGGCCAGCUCCGGGCCAAGAGGAAGGUGGUCAAGAUGAUGAUCAUUGUGGUGGUGACCUUCGCCCUCUGCUGGCUGCCGUACCACGUCUACUUCAUCGUGACGGGCCUCAACAAGGCUCUGAUGAGGUGGAAGUCCAUCCAGCAGGUCUACCUGUCAGUGAUGUGGCUGGCCAUGAGCUCCACCAUGUACAACCCCAUCAUCUACUGCUGCCUCAACAGCAGGUUCCGGGCUGGCUUCAAGCGGGCGUUCCGCUGGUGCCCCUUCGUCCAGGUGUCCAGCUAUGAUGAGCUGGAGCUGAGGGCCACCCGCCUCCACCCGGCCCGCCAGAGCAGCAUGUACACCCUGUCCCGCAUGGAUACCUCCGUGGUAGUGGCGUAUGACCCUGUAGACGGAACAAACAACCAGAACCAGGCCAGGAAGAAGAGCUACGUCAACCAGAGAAUGGAAAACGGGCUUGGUUGCAAUGGGAACGGGGCCAAGGCUAAGGCAGGCUGCGCCCCCAAUGCCGAGGCUGAGGACUUCUCCUAAAGGAGGGCAUACUGGAUGCAGACACACACUGUCAGGCAUGAGCAAACACACAGGCAUGUGUUCACACACGCAAGCAUGUAUAGAGUGGUAAAAUCUACUGUGUACAGUACAUGCAAAGACAGGUAGACAUUGCAAACAUACAUACAUGCUGUCCCUGUCAAUACACACACAUGCAAACACACACUUUUCAUAGAGUUCAGAGAAUAUCGCUGAAAACACAUUUUAGAUGAGAAGCAGGAAUUAAUUGUCAAAUAUAACCAUCAGAUUGCAUAUUGUUGUACGGUCUGUGAUACUAUGAACAUCACUGAAGUGUACUGUAUAUAAAAACAUGCAUAAGAAAAUAAGAUUUACAAAAAAUGCCUGGUCAAGUAACAUCCUGAAUGCAAUGGCUACUGAGUGUUUAAAACAUUAUGAAUACCUGCUCUUUCCAUGACAUAGACUGACCAGGUGAAUCCAGGUGAAAGAUAUGAUCCCUUAUUGAUCCACUUCAAUCAGUGUAGAUGAAAGGGAGGAGAAAGGUUAAAGAAGGAUUUUUCUGGGUUUUUCACGCUCAGCGUUUCCCGUGUAUCAAGAAUGGUCCACCACCCAAAGGACAUCUAGCCAACUUGACACAACUGUGGGAAGCAUCGAAGUCAACAUGAGCCACCAUCCCUGUAGAAUGUGUUCUGACACCUUGAGACACCUAGUUCCAUGCCCCGAUGAAUUGAGGCAAUUCAAUAUUAGGAAGGUGUUCUUGAUGUUUUGUACACUCAGCUCCAGAAGUAUUGGAACAGUGAAAAUGUGUUUGUUGUUUUGGCUCUGUACACCAGCACUUUGGAUUUUAAAUGAUAUGAGGUUAACGUGCAGACUGUCAGCUUUAAUUUAAGGGUAUUUCCAUCCAUAUCGAGUGAAUCGUUUAGACAUUACAGUACUUUUAGAUUCUCUCUGCUACAGUAGAUACCAGAGAAAACGUUUUCUGGAGCAACCUAUAUAUUUAGGUAGUGUGUCCGUAGUUACCAUUUGUAGCAGUGGGUUUUAGCUGUAGUCUUAUGUCAUGUAUAGAAUGACUGGUCCCAGUUUUAAACAAACCACAACUUAUAAAGACUUCAUAUAGCAUACUGAGGUGCAGACUGUCAGCUUUAAUUCAAGGGUAUUUCCAUCCAUAUCGGGCGAACUGUUUAGAAAUUACAGCACUGUUUGAUUAUGCACAAAUACCAUACCCCUCAAAAAUGCUAACCUCCCCUGUUAUUGUAAUGGUGAGAGGCUAGCAUGUCUUGGGGUAUGAUAUUUGUGCAUCUCUUAACUUUCUCACUCAUCGUUAUUCACGAUUCAUUCAGGAUUAUCCAUAAUCAUGGUAGCAUCCACAUUCAUGUAGAAGUGUUUAGAAGCGUAUUCUUAUUGACGAUAAAAGUGACUCCAAAAGGACACAAUACAUUACAUUGGGCACAAAACAUUCUGAAACACCACCAAAACAGUCUCAUCUCUAUAGAGCUGCUGCCUAUGCUGUCUGACAAAAUCCCUAUUUUGUAGUUCUUCAAAGUAAAUUAGGCAAACUUUCAUGACUGCUGAAUACCAACUAUCAAUCACUUAGAUCAUCUAUUUUCAGGUAGACAUCCGAAGCAACAGCUACUCUCUAUAUCCCCUCAUGAUUGCACAUUCUUCUCUGUCUUCAGUAGCAGGCUUAAAAGAAACACAGAGCGGACAAGUAGCUGAGCAAUGGCUUAUGGUCAUUGUAUUUAAUUACCACCUUUUAUGCGCUAAACUAUGUAGAAUAUUGGCAUUUUGGAAACUACAACUCCCUACUAUAUUGCACAGUUCAGGCUGGAUCUUAUUUAUCUUUAGAGAAACUGUGCAAUGUGCACAUUGAGCUCACAGAAAACCUCAGAAAUAAAUGGAAUUCAAAUAAUUUAACUGACUUUGGUCAAUUAGUGGUUUUAGAAACUGAAAAAUUAUCUACAUUACAGUUAAUCGCUCAGCACUACAAAUACUAAACUUGUAAGUAAAUUUUUCCCAAUGCUUUUGGUCCCCUAAAAUGGGGGGGAGUAUGUACUGUACAAGAAGUGCUAUAAUUUCUAAACGAUUCACCUGAUAUAGAUGAAAAUACCCCCAAAUGAAAGCUGACAGACUGCAUUUUAACAACAUUGUCAUUGUAUAAUUUCAAAUCCAAAGUGCUGGCGUACACAGCCAAAACAACAACAAAUGUGUCACUGUCCCAAUAGUUUUGGAGCUCACUGUAUAUAACAUAUUGCAUAUUAUGAAAUACCGUAUACAUUUGAAACAAUGUACAGAGUUCAUGUGAAGAGCUACAACAGCGACCGCAAGCUACGUCAUCAAUGUAUUGUUUACGCAAUAAUGUUGGCCAGUACUCCAUUUUACAAUGAUGUGCUGGGGGGAAACAGGCAGAAUACAUGCCUCACUGACGACGGUUCUUCUGUAUGCACGGUCCUCAUUUGAGCUGAAUGAUCCUUUCUCAUCACACACACACACACACACACACACAAACAAACACACAUUUAGCACUGUGGGAAAUUUACAAUUAACCUGUCAUGGAGGGACCCAUAAAAUAUACACGGACACCUAAACAUUCCCUCCUUUGAUCUUUUGCUUACCGGAGCUAUGAUUGGAACACUGGGCUUGCCGUGUUCGUUUCUGGUUCAUGCUAUUGUAAACUGUAUAGGCUAGAGUACCGUGUGCCAGAUCAUCAUGUGACGCUCUAACAUCAGCACAUUUGAUUGACCUGUGUUUUCUGGAGCAACCGAUAUCUUUAGGUAGUGUGUCCGUAGUUACCAUUUGUGGCUUUUAGCUGUAGUCUUACGUAAUGUAUAGAAUGACUGGUCCCAGUUUAAACAAACUACAACUUAUAAAGGCUUCAUAUGGCAUACAUAUGGUCUCCGUAAGCACUGCACAGAUUCUACAUGUCAAUUCUUAUGUCAUGUAGUUACAUCAUGUAUAGAAUGACCAAAGUAUCCGUCUAUCCCUCCAUUAUGCCCCAGUUGUAACCUCUAUAGCCACUUAGUGAUUUCCAAUGGAAAACACUGUUGAUUAAACUCGCCAGUAAGAAAUAUCUUUGUUAAUUGAGUUUCGAUGGCAUUCCAUCGCUGCAGUGAAUCUGGUUUGAUUACCUAAUGGUCCCUCAACCUUUUUCCCAUAGUCCCGUGUGUGUGCGUGUGCAAGUGUGUGUCCUUGUGUGUGAGAGUGCACGUUUGUGUGUGUGCACAUUGUUUUUCCUCCAUAGUCCUACAUGGUCAACAUUAGGCCACCAUUGGCAACAAAGCAAACUAACGAUUACACAACUGUGCACAUAAAUAACUAGCUAAUUGUUUAUUUAAAGCGGCGUCAUUGAUCUGAAUCCGAAUGCUUAGAACAGCGUAAAUAGAUGCCUAUUUGUUACUGCUAAUGUUUUAAAGCAGUGUCCAUGUUUUUCUAUGUUUGGGUAGCUUUGUGGUUGAUACACGCUUUCAAAUAAGAAAACAAGUGCAAGGACAACUGAUGUGGAAUGGAAUGAAAAUAGCUUUUUUUUGAGCUGCCCACCUACUAUUAUUUUGCCUUCAUAUUCCCAUUGAGAAUGAUAUCACCUCCCGCAUUGUACUUACCUAUAGUACUGUAGCUUUGAAAGAAAUGGCCACAAUGAGGUUUUUAUACGAUCACAGUGUUUAGAUGUGUGUGUGCUUGUGCGUGCGUGCGUGCGUCCACGGAGCAGAGUUUUCAUGAUCACAUUGUGUGUGUGGGUGCGUCCACAGUACAGUGGUUAGAUAUGACCACAGUGUUUAGAAUCGAGAUGUCAGGUAAACCCUUGGGCCAUCAUUUAGAGGGAUGGUAUUUCUCCCCUGUGUGUGUGUGUGUGUGUGUGUGUGUGUGUGUGUGUGUGUGUGUGUGUGUGUGUGUGUGUGUGUGUGUGUGUGUGUGUGUGUGUGUGUGUGUGUGUGUGUGUGUGUGUGUGUGUGUGUAAUCCUUCUGGGUUUAAAUCAAGUGCUGGCACUAGCACCAGGCGUCUCUUCAGCCUUUGACUUUUUUGGCUCGACACUCCAAGAGAACAACCACAUUUGGUUUAGGAUAUUUCUUCCGCUGACCAACGAGCCGUGUUAUACCCAACAGCCCAGCGCAGUAUAAAGGCAUUACAUGCCAUAGCUCAGGUUCCACAGCUGUCUGAUAGGGGGUCUCUAGGGGGUCUCCUGCCAACUCCCUCAGGGGGCGAAGAUAAUUCAAAGCCUGAUGCACCGGUCUUACCUUGGCCCCCCAAGGCCCUUGUAGCCGGUGAAGUGUUGUAUUUUGUCACAGUUUGAAUUGAAAUGUAAUGUUUUUUUCCCCCAGAUGACAGACUACCCACCUGUGGCCCUCAGCUUGACUUAAAGAUAACAUUUAAAAUAACAGCUGUGUGGAUGAAGAAAAAAAACCCAGCCGGUAGUAAGGUAACAAACUGUACGUACAACAAGUCACAUUCAAUAGCGUUAUCAAAUAUCAGUGGGGUUGCAUCACAAGCGAUGGAAUGUAGUUAGUUACUUUAAUACUUGAGCAUGAUACCUCAUUUUAAAGCAGUGCAUUUAUGCAAUAUAAUGUGAGGAUUGGAGUCGUUAUAGAAAAUGCUAUGGUGAUAUAGAGGCAGGAAUUUGGCACGAUGAGCAGUGAGCAGGUUAAUCAAAAGAUAUUAAGAGCGUUAUAACUUUGAUCAAAGACAUUUCUAGAUGUUCUUUUCAUGACACGCACUUUCAUUUGCUUGUUUUGAUAUGAGCUAAUGUGACCCUUCCAUUUGAUAGUGAUGUAAAUGCAUAUAUUACAGUGAAAUCAGACUAGAUUCAGUUUGAGAUUGCCAUUCAUCUUCUCCGCGAGGAUUCUUUCCAACGUUUCCUUACCCUAGACGUGAAGUCAACAUGGUCUUACCAGAAUAUGUAAAGAUAGUGACGUUAAACCAUUGUAGUUAUAUGCCACUUACGCGUACGUAUUAGUUGUAUAUCACUUACAAUGACAUUACUUACCUAAUCUGAUGUAUUACUUGUGUCACUUAUUUUUCUUAUGUCAUUGUAAAGACGCAUUGUCUAAGAUUAGGGACAGGUUGUCCUAUAACGUCAACAUUCUGACAUAUUUCUAAUGAGGUAUGUCUGGUGUAGUGUUGCUGGAGAAUGCCAAUAGAAUGUUCUAUGCCUUUAUGAAAGAAUGUAAAGAAACUUUAGAGACGUUAUGAUUCAAGAAUGUAAAGAAAUACUAUAUUUGCGUCGUGUAUUUCAUUACGUGUCGUCAUGAUGUGUUUUAGCUAUAGUAUUUAUCAUUCAAUGGCAAAUCAAGCUUUUCAUCGGUACUCCAAUUGUUUUGAUACAGUGUUGGUAUUCAUUAAGAUAUGGUUUGAUACUACAAGAAACAAAAUACAGCUACGAAAAAAAAAAAUGUUGUGACGUCAGUCGUCCUUUGUAUAUUUGUUACUGAAGACAAUGUUUUAGGUUUAAUGUGUAACUAAUGGUGCCUCUAUCAAACGGUAGGUCUUUUUGCUUUGCAGUUGUCCAGAUGAACUGAUUUGAUAACACUUAAAUGUAAAAAGCCCUGAAUAAGGAUAUACCACAGUGCAAUCAGUCAUAACACCUUCACAGUGCUAAUGGCAGCAUACAGUAUGCAACAAACUCCCAGUUGACCAAUGCUGUGUAGUGACUUAACAUUGGCAUAAGAUAUUAUGAAUGUUCAUGUAGUGCUUAUAAAGUUGUAAUGUGAUGCUUAUGCAUGUGGUACAAAGUAUUUCUGCAUAACCUCUUCUAAAGUUUGUUUUCAUGGGCCAGUUUCAUGUACCCAAAUUAAGUUUAUUAAUGGCCUCAAAAUUUGCUUUGAAUAGGUUUAAUCUAGGUAUCAGUUAUCAAUGUACAACAUUCUGUCUUAGCUUAAUGUCAAGGGUCUGUCUAUGGUCUUAUCAUGAAUGUUUACAUCUACACAACCCAAAAUAUCGAAUUUAAAACACUUUAUUGUAAUACAUUCCAAAUUGAAGAAACAUACACUUGGGAAAUCCUGUUUGCUUAGAUUGAAAAGUGUUUUAUGUGGUUAUGCGUUACAUGUAUAUUUACAAGCGGCAUAUGAACAGUGACAAGCAGCAUAUGUGUAACUUGCGGUGUUUCACAGUGAUAACAGUAGCACAGGCCCUUCCAAUUUAAGACGUGUAAUCAAUACAUUCAAUUCUGUACAUUGUGAACAGUUUUGUGUUAGUUAUUUAUGACCAACUGGUGGAGUUUUGGUUGACUUUCGUCACAACAUGGACUUUGUCAUUGUCAAUGGAAAGUGAUCCUGUAAAUAAAAUAGUUUUAUGUUCUUCA